AUGCAUCUAGACAGUGGAAAUGUUUUUGUAGCCUUGUUAGUAUAUGUUGAUGAUAUACUCCUAGCUAGCAAUGAUAUGUUGACAGUGGAAACUAUUAAAACUGAUCUCAAUAAUCAGUUUAAACUGAAGGAUCUUGGACCUGUUAAAUAUUUUUUGGGGAUGGAGGUUGCUAGAACAAAACAAGGCAUUUCAAUCUGUCAAAGAAAGUAUGCCUUAGAAUUGUUGGAUGACACUGGCUUACUUGGUUCUAAACCAGUAAACUUUCCUAUGGAUACGCAUUCUAAACUCAGCAAGGAAGAUGGAGAGUUAUUAGAAGAUCCUACAACCUAUAGAAGACUUAUUGGUAGACUGAUAUAUCUUACAAACACACGACCAGAUAUCACAUUUUCUGUUCAUCACCUAAGUCAGUUUCUAGAUCAACCACGAAUGCCACACAUGCAAGCUGCUUUGAGGGUAUUAAGAUAUAUCAAAAAGGCUCCAGGACAAGGACUUUUCUUCUCAGCAUCCUCUUCCAUACACAUCAAAGCAUUUGCUGAUUCAGAUUGGGCUAGCUGCCCUGACACAAGAAGAUCAGUUUCUAGUUUUUGUGUGUUCAUUGGAGAUUCUCUUGUAUCUUGGAAAUCAAAGAAGCAGAAGACAAUCUCAAGGUCAUCUGCUGAAGCUGAGUACAGUGUAAUUGUUGUUAGCUUACCAAUAUACCCUUAG